AUGAAUUCAAACAAAGAUUAUUCUGACAACGAUUCAUUAGAUACUAUAAUCUCUGGUGAUAAUAACAAUGAUGGUGGGAAUGAAUUGGAAGAAUGCAACUUUAUAAGAAGCGAUGAUGAAAAUGAAUUGGAAGAAUGCAAUUCAUAUAAUAAUUUUAUGAGAAGUGAUGAUGAGAAUGAAUUGGAAAAAUGCAAUUCAUAUAAUAAUUCUAUGGGAAGUGAUGAUGAGAAUGAAUUGGAAGAAGUGUACAAUCCAUAUUAUAAUUUUACAAGAACUCUAAGUGUUGAAACUAUUAAAUUCUAUUUAGAAUUUCAAGAGUAUCCUUAUUCAUUGGAAAAUGGAUUUGCCAGUAUUUACAAUGUGUCUUGCUUUAAUCCAGAUGAAGCAAAAAAAAUUUUUGGCAUGAGAAAUAUACAAUAUUCAGUUGGUAACCCUGGUGGAAUUUCGACUGUAUUUUGUCCUUUUUUAGGUGUAAGAUGCAAAGUUGAACAAAGAACAUGUCAGGGUGUCAAAGUCUGUAAACUUGCUUCACCUGAAAUAAUUAAUUAUCAACAUUCUAAUGUUAUCUUUGAAGAUAGGAUUUUUGAAAACAUAUUUCAAAAUAAUGAAUUAACAUCACAGGAAAUUACUUUAUGUCAAUAUGUUGCUGCAUUCAAAAUUAAUUGUAAAUUUGUUUUUCAUGGUGAUAAUAAUGAAGAAAUUCAGUGUGAUGGUAAACCUACAUUAAAAUAUCAUUUCCAAAUGAUAGAUGGAAUUACUAUAAAAAAGUAUUUUAUUGGAUGUCAAAAAUGGAAAAGGAAUGAAGUUCAUAGAUAUAUUCCUAUCUCAGAUUCACAUAUAGAUAUAAAUUGUCUUUAUCAAUUAUUUGAAAAUUUUUCUUUUUGUUCUUUAGAUGAAUAUAAUCAGAAUCCUACAAUAAACACAAUUUCUGUAGGAAAUUGUAGUUCAAUUUUUCAUUUAUCUAGUAAUAGAUCAUCAUGUGGAUAUCCAGACACAUCAAAUAAUAUAGCCUUUGAUGCCCCAAUAAUCAGAAAGACCUGCAAAGUCAAAUUUAUUUGUAUAGAGCCUUUGGAUCUAAUAAAAUGUCCUAUUAUUGUUAUUAUAUCCAAAGGGGUGCAUGAGCAUCCACCUCCUCCUCCAAUUAAAACACCAACUAACAUUGUGGCUCAGUUGCAACAAAUUUUGAAUGGUGAUGACAUUUUGGAUUUAACUGCUAGAAAACUUUUAACACGUUCAGUUGUAAGAGCAUAUCUUAACAAUGUGAAUCUUAAUGAUAUUCAUCCCUCCUUAAACAAUUCAUUAAAAUUAAAUUACUAUAUUU